GAAGCCACGUGUCCAGCUGUCGGCGAAGCACCAGAAGCUGAAGCGUCUGACAGGAAAGCUUUACAUGUCGCUGCUUUGACUUUAUUUAAGUGGUGGUACAUUAAAGAACGUUUUCAAACAUGUCUUCAUUCAGGAAAGCGCUAAAGUCCCGACAGAGGAACCAUCAUGAGAGAUCGCAGCCUGGCUUCAGGAAAUAUAUGGGUUUACUGGAGAAAAAGAAAGACUACAAACUUCGAGCAGAUGACUAUCACAAGAAACAAAACACCCUCGCUGCCCUGCAAAAGAAAGCUCUGGAGAAGAACCCAGAUGAGUUUUACCACAAGAUGAUCAACUCCAAACUGGAGGAUGGAGUUCACACCAUGACGAAAGCCAACGAGGAGGUGGAAGUGACGGAGGAACAGCAAAAAGUGAUGAGGACUCAGGAUAUGAAAUAUGUGGAGAUGAAGAGGGUUGCUGAGGCUAAGAAAAUUGAGAGGAUGAAAGGAGCUCUCCAUCUUCUGGAUGCAGAGAGCAAAGAGAAGAACAAACAUACUUUUUUUGUGGAUUCCAAGAAGGAAGUACAGGGAUUUGACCUGGCUACACACCUGGACACAGCUCCAGAGCUGGUGAACAGAGUCUACAACAGACCAACUCUGCAAACACUGGAGACCCAGUGCAUCCAGGGAGCUGCCCAGACCUACGCUGUACAGAAGCUGGCCAGGCAAAGGAAAUACCAGUAUAAGCUCCUGGCUCAAAGGAUUGACAGAGAAAAGAAAAUGUUUGUCAUCAGCCAGAAAAUUCAAACCCGAAAGGAUCUGCAGGAUAAAAGGAAGAAAGUGAAGGUAAAAAAGGAGAUGACUAAUUCUGCAGCGAUCUACAAGUUUGAGACCAAAAGAAAACGCUAAUAAGAACUGCUGGGUGUGAAACUUUGAAAAU